AUGCCUCACCUGGAAUUCUAUAGCCUGGGGUUUAACUUGGACGUCAUUGGUUCCUCCCUCGACGAAAAACGACCUCGGAUGCCUCGGGAAGAUCUCAACUGCUACAAUAUCGACCCUCGUCGAGAGAAACGAUCCAACACUCCAGCGACGUCUGCCACGGUGAAUGGUGAGGAAACGUUGUACUAUCGCCAUAAGAUCAAAGAGUUCGCCUUUGGAGAAGAAGGGGGUAAACACAAGUGGCCCAGUUACAAGUGGACCAGUUACCCGUUUACUCUUAACGUUUGCCAAAUUUUCGCCCCGGCUCUGCUUAAGCGACUCGCCGCCGUGAUCGAUGAGCUGCCUGAUCCGCUUACACCGACGCCUGAACCGGCACAUAUCGAUAGUCUCGAUGUACAAAGCUCGCAGGAUGACAGCAGUGCGCUCGAAUCCCAGGAUGAAGGGUUUCGCAAACCACGGCAAGGCGGCCUCUUGGAAGUAACCCGGCUGCGAAUCAUGAUUUGGAACCAGCAACAGCACCUGGAGCAAGAACGGAAGGAUGCGAAGGACAGGGAGAUGAUGCUCGUGGCUCAGCUAGAACAGCAACGAAAAGACUCUUAG